ACACACACACACAUUACAAAUGUACUAGGUAAGUUCAUAACUGCGUAUUGCCUUUCUGACUUCGGUGUGAAAAUAUAUAAAUAAAAAAAAGUCAGUCGUGCCAGGACUCACGGAUUUUCGGAUUAAUCAUACAAUAGUUGUUAGUUUAGUCGGCGACAACGCGAUUGGUUGGCUCUCUGUUCCUUCCAUCAGCCUGAUUCUUCUUCUUAUUUUUCCUUUUUCAUUUAUACAUAUAUAUAUAUAUAUAUAUAUAUAUAUAUAUAUGUAUAUAUACAUGUAUAUAUAUAUAUAUACAUAUAUAUAUACGUAUACAUAUAUAUAUAUAUAUAUAUAUAUAUAUAUAUACAUAUGUAUUUCUUUUUUCUUUUGAUAUGAGAAGAUCCGAUCGUAAAUGUCUUCUCGAAUAUAAAACUGUAUUAAUUUUUAUAUUAAGGUAAAUUUUCUCCCUACAGAAUUCUCUUCUCGCUCGCACUUUUUUACUUAUUCGUUUAUAAUAUUUUUUCGAGGAAGGAUCGGGCAUAUCGCAAAGACCUUUUCCACGAUAUUCCGUGAAUAAUCUCAUACCGAAAUCCGCGCGUCCAAGGCCGGCUGUGUCUGUUUCAUGUUUUUCAAUAUUUGUAAUUUAUCGAUAAAAUUAUAAAAGGUAUCGAUACAUAACAGUCUAAAGUGUGCGCUACUCUACAUAAUAUUAUUAUAUAUAAAGUAUAAAAGUAUACAUUAUAUAUAAAUAUAUAUAUAUACAUAUAUAUUAUAUAUGAGAAGUAUAAUAUAUAUAUAUUAUACACACAUUGGGAUUGGUGAAAAUAUACGGUUUUUUCGCUUUGGAGUGUUAUUUUCUGAAAAUAUUGAACAAAAUAUGGAAAAAAAAAUGAAUAAAAUCAAUGAAUAAAAAACAAGCCAGACGUUUUCAGUGCGAUUCCUCUUUGCUCACUUUAUGCCCAUCGAUUUUUUUUUUGUUUUGUUUUACAAUAUCAGUUACAUAAUGAAACAUCUUCGCUCUAUUUAUUAAUCGAAAAUGAUGCAAAAUGAAGAAAUUGAUCCGCCCAUUGAAUCGGCGGACUCUUCUUCAGUUAGAUACAUGAGUACAUUACCGGAUUUUUUCAACAAUACUAUUGGAAAAACAUUGAAAAUUGAGAAUUUCAAGCCGCAAAACAUAAUCGAAGUAUUAGGAGAUUUCCUUGGUAUCGUAAACUAUAAUACAAACUUAGCAUCAUUUUGGUUUUUGGAUAUCUUAGCUCUACAGAUACUUCGAAAUAAUGACGUCUUUGAUGACUAUUCUCGUGCUAUCUUUAUCAGCUGGCUAGUAGGAGAAAUACAAUUGAUUCGAGAUAACAAAUUUUCACGUGAAAAAUUCUUCGAGGAAAUGGAAGCUUUAUUCGCUGCCACAGCUAUGAAAAUUGUUCAAGGCGAAGAGAUUCCUCAUUGGAAUCUAAUUACGUUUGGUGAUGCAGAGAUGAAAUCGGAAAUAGAAGAGGAAGAGCGAAAAUUAUCGCAAGAACGCGAUUUAUCGUCUCUACAAUAUUUGGAAUCGAAAACAUACACUCCAAUAGAAAAAAUAUCGAAGGAAGAAAUAAAAUCGGCAGAGAUGCUUUUAGACGUAAUUAUACGAUCAACGUACGACAUGUACGCCGGCGAAGUACGUUAUGCUCUCGUUUAUACGGUAUUUGUGGAACCAAUUGAGAUAAAAGUUCACAAUUUACCUUUUAGUAUUCGAAAACCUCGUCCAGUUAGAUUAAUAGGCUCCGAUACUGGACAUCUUUAUUUACGACUUCGAGAGGCUUUGCAAAAUGUCCAAGGAAAGGAUGGCAAAAAAUUGAAAUCAAAAAAAAAUCUGACAAAUACGAAGAAACAAUAUUUAGAUAAGGAAUUGGAUACAGAAUAUCCAUUACAACCAUCGAAUUCUUUAUCGGAUGAAGAGUUUAUUUCGUUAAAACGUAGUUUUAUUUUACCAUUGAUAGAAUCGAAUGAAGCUGCUGAUAUUUUUAAUUUUUAUGAACAAACAGUCUAAUUAUUGAAACAAUUUAAGA